AUGCCCCACCAAGAGCAAGCGCUGGCUCACGGGAACCUCUGCGCCCCGGGUCCUCCAAACAACGCCGGGUACAACAGCAACCCGGUGCCCGUCAUCAUUCAGACAGAGUCCCGCGAUAAAUGGAGCAAAAAAAUGGAUUUUCUUUUAUCAGUCAUCGGGUUUGCGGUAGAUCUCGGAAAUGUUUGGAGAUUUCCAUAUAUCUGUUAUCAAAACGGCGGCGGUGCAUUUCUUAUUCCAUAUGUCCUGAUGGCUGUAUUCGGUGGGGUGCCACUUUUCUACAUGGAGUUAGCUCUGGGACAGUUCCACAGGACAGGUGCCAUAUCCAUAUGGAAACAUAUUUGCCCUAUUUUUAAAGGUAUUGGUUUCUCCAUCUGCGUCAUUGCACUGUAUGUGUCCUUCUACUAUAACACCAUCAUCGCCUGGGCUCUGUUCUACUUCUACUCCUCCUUCAGUAGCACUCUGCCCUGGACCAGCUGUGAUAAUGAAUGGAACACAGAAAACUGUACUAACUACUUCGGAAAAGACAACGUGACCUGGACUAAUUAUUCACGCUCACCUGCCGAGGAGUUUUACACGAGGAAUGUCCUGGCAGUCCAUGAAUCAUCUGGGCUUGGGAAUGUGGGAUACAUUCGCUGGCAGCUCAUGCUUUGCCUCUUCCUCAUCUUCACCAUCGUCUACUUCAGCCUGUGGAAAGGAGUCAAGACUUCAGGAAAGGUAGUAUGGGUGACUGCCACCCUGCCGUACGUGGUGCUGUUGAUCCUUAUGAUCCGUGGUGCAACUUUGCCAGGAGCGUGGAAAGGAGUGGUGUUCUACCUCAAUCCCAAAUGGGAGAAACUGCAGGAGACCAGCGUAUGGGUGGAUGCAGCUGCGCAGAUCUUCUUCUCUCUCGGUCCUGGUUUUGGCGUUCUGCUCGCUCUGUCCAGCUACAAUCCCUUCAACAAUAACUGCUACAGAGAUGCUAUUGUAACCAGUCUGGUGAACUGCCUGACAAGUUUUGUGUCAGGAUUUGUUAUUUUCACUGUCCUGGGAUAUAUGGCCGAACAGAGAAAUGUAAACGUUGAGGAUGUAGCCAGGGACAAAGGACCCAGUCUGCUCUUUAUCACGUAUCCAGAAGCCAUUGCAAAUAUGGUUGGGUCGACUUUCUUUGCCAUAAUUUUCUUUGUGAUGAUGAUUACUCUUGGACUGGACAGCACGUUUGGUGGGCUAGAGGCCAUAAUCACGGCUGUAAUGGAUGAGUACCCAGACACCCUGUCCCAUCGGAGAGAGUUGUUUGUUCUUGCACUGGUGGUUAUUUGCUUUCUGGGCUCUCUCAGCACCCUUACUAAAGGUGGUGCAUAUGUGGUAAAGUUACUAGAAGAAUUUGGAGUUGGUUCUUCAAUUAUAGCUAUAGUCUUUCUGGAGGCCACAGCAGUAUCCUGGUUUUAUGGUAUUAACAGAUUCAGCAAUGAUAUCAAAUCAAUGUUGGGCUAUAGUCCAGGACUCUUCUGGAAAGUGUGUUGGGUCGCCAUCAGCCCAGCUUUUCUCGCUUACAUCAUUAUCAGCUCACUGUUGAACCCUCAGCCCCUCUCACUAUUCGACUACGAGUUCCCAGACUGGAGCAUCACGGUGGGUUACAUCAUCGGAGCGUCCUCCUUCAUAUGGAUCCCCAUCUACAUGGUGUACAAGCUUGUGUGGACCCCAGGCUCUCUUAAACAGCGUCUUGCUGUAUGUCUGCGACCAGAGAGAACACUGCCAGACAUCCACACAGACAGUAUGGGGCUAAGUCCUGUACCAUAGACCACUGAGAGAAAAACAACUGAACACAACUCAUAAAAAAAAAAAAUGAGUUGUCCACAGCCAACUAAGCAACUUUUGCAUAGAUUUAGAGAUUUGUCCAGUUGAAAUAUAAAGAAAAAAUUCAAAACGAUCUAUUCAAAAGUGACGUACAAUUAGAUUUAAUCUGAAAAAUGAAAACAUUCAGUGUAAAUUAUAAUUGUUAAUUAAAUAAUCUGUGCAAUUUACAAAUGGUUGAUGUUCUUAUUUUUUAAUUUAAGGUUUACGUAUAAGAUGAAGAGUUCAGUGGUAUUUUUUACAUUGUAAGUCAUAUGUACCCUCCAAGUCACGAAACAUUUUUUUGAGAUACAUGCAAGUAAGAUUACCUCAUUGUGAGAAAUUCAGCCAAUGAGAACAGAGAACUUCAUACACAUUUCUCACUUACUUUUCAGAAAUAACUGUUGUCAAGAUUGAAUCAUUAUGGUGUUUUUCUGCCUUAACUCUGACUAAAUAUUGUAGCUUCUUUAUGUCAAAACUUUGUAAAACCUGUAUUGAUAUUGUGCCUCACCAAGAAAAGGACAAAAAGACAAAAAUAAGGGUUUCUUCUGAACUAACUCUACAUGAAUUUUUCAUUCUCUAACAAAACUUGGGCCCCGAUCCUAGCUAUGUGUAACGUGUUCAUUUUCUUCCCACGAUUUAGUUUUUUUUUUUCAAAUAAAGAACUGAGGAUGUUUCUGAACUCUGGAUGUGACCAAAUAUUAAAUUGCUAUGAAUGUCUUAUUAUGGGUAGUUCAAAAUGUGGUUCAUAUACUAUGUCUGCACUGUAGGUUGUGGCAGAGAGUUUUGCUUGUGUGUACGUUUGGAAAAUUAAUA